AUGGUGACAAUCAAGCAUCCAUCUCUCGAAACCUAUGAAAAAUUAUAUGAUGAGUAUUCAACUAGCAUACAAUGUGCUUGUGCGAAUUUGUCUAUUCCUUGUGAAACAUUUCUUAAUGUAACAUUUGUCUUACAUCAAGUAUGUUCAAGCGGUCUAGUUUCAUCGAAUUGGUUCAAUUAUCUGUUAUUAUUCGAUCCAAAUCAUGUACCUGUUUGGACAGAAACAGACUUUUCACGUGAUUUUCGUUCUAUAGGACUCUGGUAUUUUCAACUUUUGGUCACUUUUUGUUCUGUGGCUGAUGCCAAUAUUGCCGAUGGUCAACGUAUUUUUAAAAAUGCUCUAUUCAUCAAUAAUAAUCUUCUUCCUCGAUCACUCUUCAUUCAAGAAGCUGAAGCUUUGGCCAAUGCAUUUAUAUAUAAAACAAGAAACACUUAUGCACGCACUUUGAAAUGGGUUGAUAUUGCUGGUAUUGUCAAUCGUUUUUCAACUGAAACAAAUAUCAAUUUUCAAAUCACAGUGACCAGCGAUAGCCAAUGGACUCAAUCGUGGUCUUCGAUUAGUUGCACCGUGGAUCAGCAAAUUGAUCCUGUUUUGUCUUCGAAAGUGGAAAAAUCGGAACAGUAUUCACGGUAA